ACAACAACAACAACAACAACAACAACAACAACAACAACAACAUGGUGCCCACAGGCUCCUCCAUUUGUGCUCAUGAAGCUCCCCAUUCCCCGUUUCCUUCAAAAAUUCACUUUUGAUUUUAAAAACCAUGAAAACGUUAGUGUGACAACGUGACCAACUUAUCUAAGCCCCCUACCAGGGAAAGGAAUUCCAGGACCUUGGAGGCACAACUGAGAAUGGCAUUUUCAGGUCCUGCUGAUGCGCAGAUGGUGCUUAUGGGAAUGCCUUCCCAGUUCACGAACUCAAGAGCAGGGCUGGAACAGGGAGGUGACUGUUUAGAUCCACAGGAUGUUACGCUGCUUCACGCUCAUUUCAUGUUUCAGCGCUGUUUACACUGGACUUGCUUCGUGACAAAUUAUCUGUUCCCAGUUUCUUUUCAUUUUUCUUUCAGGCUCCACCAGUUUCACUGUGGACUGGGGAGAAAAGCUGGCUUCGGUGCUCCACAGCAUGACUCCUCGAGAUCACGUGAGGAAGAUGUCCAUCCUUGGAGAACAUGGAACCUUGGAAGACAAACAUUUAUACCGGUUAGCAAGCGGCAUGGCAGCAGGCGAACUGCGACAGCGACAAGAGAUGAUCAUGAGAAACCAGAUGAUGGCAGUAAACCCACAACUGAUGGGAGCAGGACAACCAAGAAUCCAGGGGAUGCCCUCCCAGUUUGAGCCCCGGUUCAUGGAAAGAGAUUUGUUACCUUCGACUGAGAUACUGGCAUCAGCAGAUCCCAGGCAGAUCCACAUAGCUUCUCACCUUGGACCUUCAGCUCCACAGCACGCCAACAUGCCAAAUGUAUUAUCCAAUCGUGUGUACCAAGGACCAGGAUAUAGUUUCCUCCAGCCAGAAUCCAUGGAAGCUGUAACCAGAAGGCAGGAAUUGGUUCAGAAGCAAAAUAUUGCCAGGAUGGAGAUGGAGAUGAGUGCCAUUUUUCAACAAAAGGAAUUGGAGAAGGCGCAUCGUAAAGGGCUGCUGGGGCUUGAAGGCCCCUUUCUGUACCACGGCAUCCAUGCUAGCCCAGUUGCUUUCCGAGGGAGACACAGGAUCCCUGAAGGCCACCUUCCAAAUGACUUAUACAUCCACCGCAGCACCCUUGAUGAACCUCACAACAACACCAUACUCAUGGCCACGAGUCCCUAUCCACCCAUCAGCACUUUGCAAAGGGAGAGAGGCCGUCGGCCAGGCAGAAGAGCCGGGAACCAGAAAGCUGCCGACUGCAACGUCAACGGUAUCAAGAGCCAAACUGAGGACAAGGGAAUGGACCCUGCCUCUACAGCUCCCGACGUGGAGAAAGAGGAUAAAAAAGAAGCAGAGGUGGAGAUGCUGAGCAAGCACGAGCAAAACAAAGUCCAUGCAGAGUCAUCUACAGCAGUUGCCCAAAGUGGCAAGGAAUAUGGACGCGGCCUUAGAAAAGACUCAGGGGGCCACGAACUGCCCAGUGAAAUGAACAGUUGCAGCAACGGCAAUGAGAAAGACCCCCACACCUCCUGCUCGGCCUUCGACGAAAAAUAUGCGUACCCAUCUGCAUUCACCUUCUCUGCUCUGCCAUAUGGCUUCUCCAUACCUAGCAAUCCACUGCUACCUUCAGCAGCUUCCAACCUGAUCCUGAAUGGGGAAGACCUGUCUUCCAUGGAAGAUAUUCGCAAAUGGACUGUCGAGGACGUAUACAAUUUCAUCAUCAGCCUGCCAGCAUGUGCAGACUAUGCACAGAUAUUUAAAGAUCAUGCCAUUGAUGGGGAAACCUUACCGCUACUCACAGAAGAACAUCUUUUAGACACAAUGGGAUUAAAACUUGGACCUGCGUUAAAGAUUCGCUCUCAGGUAUCCCGGCGCCUGGGCAAUGUGUUCUACAUGAUGAAUCUUCCUCUGUCGGUGCCCACUCCCUCUGUCACCAGCAAGCCUUCUGAUCCUGCCCUAGAUAUUCCAUCUCCACUUCAUUGCAACAAUACUGGUGAUGUUCUGGCCAGUCCUUGCUCCCAGGAACCUGAAACUUCAAAAACUGUUGUGCAAGUAGUGGCUGAAAGCAGGGAAAAUGCACCUGAUGUUGCUGAAGCUCAGACUGAUUUCCAGAUUCUCGGCUAUCCCAAAAACUGA